AUGCGCUGUUUCAAGUGCCUCGGCAUCGGACACACCCGGCCUCUCUGCCCGUCCACUGCCGAGCGUGGGGAGCUAUGCUUCCGCUGCGGAAAAGAGGGACAUAGGUUGGCCAGCUGCGAGGCUGCCACCAUGCAUUGCGCAGUAUGCGCUGCCAAUGGUCGUCCAUCCGACCACGUAAUGGCGGGCAAGGAAUGCCGACCGCCACCGAAGAAGGGCAAACUGCAGGCGCCGGUGCGGCCUGCUGCUGCCGCCACCUCUGAAACUCCAGUUCCAGUGCCGGCAACCGAGGGAAGCGCGAUGAACACCGACUGA